AUGUGGUGGACAAGAGUAAAACGAGAUGCUAGCGAGGAUGACAUAUCGACGAUUGCAAAUCCGUGGGCGACAGCAGAUAUCAUAUACACUGCCAUCAUGGGGUCGCUUAUGCUGGCCGCGUUCCUGGAGUGGUUUCUGUGGAUAGCUGCCUUCCUCUACUGCCUUAUCAAAGCAUACCGGAAAGCCGAGAGUAAAAGCAUUCGAAUCCUUGCCGUCAUUAUCAUGGUUUUGGCGAUAUUCCUUCCAAUCAUGAUCGUUACCUUACCUCUACCUCCUCGACUCGUAAGAUACUUCCCUCAAGUAAUGGUCCAUUUCCUCCAGUGGUUUGCUUUCUGGAGUUUCGCUGGUCUACUUACAAUACCCUGGCUCUUUUGCGUCUAUCAAUUAGUCACGCACUCCUUUGGCAGGACUAAAAGGAUCAAACAUGUACUGGACGAAGCCUCGGCCCCUAAAGUGGUUAUUGUCAUGCCGUGCUACAAAGAAAAACCAGACAUACUACUCAGGACCGUAGAUUCGCUUGUCGAUUGUGAAUAUCCUCCAUCGUGUCUACACGUGUUUCUUUCGUUCGAUGGUGACCAAGAAGACGAGCUUUACCUCAGGACAAUCGAGAAACUCGGGGUUCCGCUGGCCCUCGACUCGUACCCGAAAAGCAUUGAUGUCGCUUACAGAGGUACGAGGAUCACUGUCUCACGAUUUCCACAUGGAGGAAAGCGCCAUUGUCAAAAACGGACAUUCAAACUUAUUGAUAAGAUCUAUACUGAGUACCUGAAGCGCAAUGACAACCUCUUUGUACUCUUCAUUGACUCUGAUUGUAUACUGGACAAAGUUUGCAUCCAAAAUUUCAUGUACGAGAUGGAGCUGAAGCCAGGAAGCAAGAGGAAUAUGCUCGCGCAAACCGGCGUCAUUACAUCAACCACAGAGAAGAACAGUUUGAUUACACUCCUGCAGGACAUGGAAUACAUUCAUGGCCAGCUUUUCGAGCGCUCCGUGGAGUCUGGCUGCGGGGCAGUCACUUGUCUGCCAGGAGCACUGACUAUCCUCAGAUUCUCCGCAUUCAGGAAGAUGGCAAAAUACUACUUCGCUGACAAAGCUGAACAAUGUCAAGAUCUAUUUGACUAUGGCAAGUGUCACCUUGGAGAGGAUCGUUGGCUCACGCACCUCUUCAUGAUAGGCGCCAAGGAGAGAUACCAGAUUCAGAUGAAUACUGGUGCUUUCUGCAAGACCGAAGCAGUACAGGAGUAUAAUAGCUUACUCAAGCAGCGUCGCCGGUGGUUCUUAGGCUUUAUCACGAAUGAGGUCUGUAUGCUUACCGAUAUUCGACUCUGGAAACGCUACCCCCUCUUAUGCUUGAUGCGCUUCGCGCAAAAUACCAUACGUACGACCGCUCUUCUGUUUUUUAUCAUGGUUAUCUCGCUCAUGACGACUUCAAGAAAGAUUGAAGAUCUUCCUGUUGGUUUCAUUGGUGUAUCACUGGGCUUGAACUGGGCACUCAUGCUCUAUUUUGGUGCGAAGCUUGGUCGAUACAAGAUUAUGCUUUACCCCUUGAUGUUUGUUGUAAACCCGUUCUUCAACUGGGUUUAUAUGGUCUAUGGUAUCUUCACUGCCGGUCAGCGCACUUGGGGCGGUCCUAGGGCCGAUGCUGGGGCUGCAGACAUCAAUACAUCACCCCAAGCGGCCAUCGAGUAUGCCGAGGCCAUGGGGGACGAUCUCAACGUUGUUCCAGAGACAUUCAAGUCGGCUGCAGAAGCUCGCACGCACCAUUACACGCAUGUGCCGUUCCUCCCAUCCGACAACAUCGAAGGUCGUUUUGCACCAGCCGAGCAGCUACCGGAUGGUUGGUACUGGCAAGGAAACGAUUCUGGACUUCAUGUGCUUAAAGGAACGACUCGACAGGUUGUAGGAAUGGCAUUGCAUCUGCGAAACUCAUAUGAGUCCAGUGGCACGACAGACUCAGCGACUAAUUCAGUGUAUCUACCUCGUAGGGUCGAAAGCAUCAUGGAUCUAGAUGAUACUCUCAAGUACCACAUGGGCCAGGCUGUACAGCGCCCUGCAGGAGGUACCACUUUUACCAGUGAGCGCUCAGGUGUAUUUGAU